AUGGGUUCGUUCUCCAUCACCGUGGGCUUCUUCCUCACCCUGGCCUUUUGGCUCCCAGGCCAUAUUGGAGCAAACCCUGUGUACGGUGCCGUGUCCAACACGGAUCUGAUGGAUUUCAAGAACCUGCUAGACCACCUGGAGGAGAAGAUGCCGGCAGAAGACGAGGUCAUGCCCCCACAGGCCCUGAGUGAGCAGACGGAUGAGGCAGGGGCGGCGCUUGGCUCCCUCCCUGAGGUGCCUCCCUGGAUUGGGGAGGUCAACCCACCUCAGAGAGAUGGCGGUGCUCUGGGGCGCAGUCCCUGGGACCCCUCCGAUAGAUCUGCCCUCUUCAAAAGCAAACUGAGGGCUCUGCUCACUGGCCCUCGGAGCUUUCGGAGGUCCAGCUGCUUUGGGGGAAGGAUUGACAGGAUUGGAGCCCAGAGCGGACUGGGGUGCAACAGCUUCAGGUAUCGAAGAUAA